AAAACGCUUGUUUGAAAAACACAAAUUCACUGCUGCUGUAAGAAUUCCAUGAAAAAAAUAAUUUACCGCUUUUAAAGAAAAUUAUUUAUCGUCAGUGACUCGUAGAAGAAACAAAGACAACAGUUUAUUCAUUAAUUUGGAAUUUCUUUGCAUUUCCCUAGAGAAGAGGAACUGAAACAUUAGAAAUCUUAUUUUGAGUUCAGUGUUUGGGGAUGAUUCCAAGUCCGCGUUCGCCAGCUUCAUUUCGACGUGCUUCUCUGAUAUCCCAGCUUGAUUUUGAUGAUUUUCUUAACAUGGAUAAAAACAGUGAAGGAUUCGUGGGGACUUGCCUCGCUCAAGAGGAUAUCCAAAGAAGCAGUUUGAAUUCCCAGCUGAGUAAAAGCCUACAAAUUGUACCAGAUCUAGAUGAAUUGUAUACAACAAAAGAGACACUUCCUAGCUUGGAAAUACAGAGAGAUUUUAAGGAUUUACACUUAUCGUGGCCUAAAAUUACUGUGAGUUUAGCAAACGAGUCUAAUAGUAAUUCAUUCAAUGUAGCAUUGAGUGAGAGAAUGGACGACUCAGUUCCAAGGAGCCCUUUUUUACCGAGAACUUCCAUAUCAGAAAUCGAUAAUUUAGAAAUUCUGUCGCCUCUAUUUUCUGUGAAUACAUCACCGGUGAUUAAAACUCCUACGACUUUGUAUGAAAUAUGCUGCUCGUCGCGAAAGUCUUCCGAUGACUUGUCGAUUUACCUGCCUGAUAAUUUUACACCGGCUUCGUUGGAAAGCUUGGAUAAGUCGAUAAAUCGAUCAGUUUUUCAGUUUCCAGCGACUGCCCCAAAACAACAAACAAUUGAUGACGAAGUGUUUGUUAAGGGAGAGGAAAUUAAGCCAUCAAAUUCAUGUACUUCAAUUUGUGUUGCCAAAAUCCCAGAGUCCCGAGAACUGAACGGUACGGCCGACGACGCUUCCGAGCAAUCAUCGAUUAAGCACGAAGAAAAAUUAGCGGAUAAUAAAUUAAUCGAUAUUGCUUUAAUAAAAGAAAAACGAGCAGAAAAGAAGCGAAAACACCAUGAAUCGAGACAACAACGGGAAAAACGACAAAAAUUGCUUAAUAAAUUGGAAAAUAAAACACUAAACAGCGAAAACUCUUCAACAGCGGAAAGCUCGCCAGUACUUCGGAACAAGCUGGAAAGAGAUCGGAGAAGCGAUUUGAAUAACAGGUUCCAGAAAUUGCGUGAAAUUAUACCUGACUUGGCCGGGAAAGACAAGGCAUCCAAGGUUGCCAUUCUUAAGGCUGCCAGUGAUUAUGCAAACGAACUGAAGAUAAAGGAAAGCUGUUUAGAGGAAACCCUAAAACACGAAAAAGCACGAAACGAACAACUCUUGAAAAACUUGGUAAAUAUAAGUACAAAUUUAAGUGAUGGAAAAUAAACAUGAACAAGAAACGUUAAUAGAUCAAAACCACGCAUCAAAUUUAGGCUGACCCUCGAUGUAAGGGCACGGAUUCAUCACAGAAUUUAGCAUGGAAAAAACUCCAGGAAAUCGAGGGUAACGUGGUGUUAUACUCCCGCCGCUAACCUCUCAAGGCUUAUGCGUCAAACGUCGACGCCUUAUUAUCCAUUGUUUCAAUUAGGUUCGGCUCAUACGUGAAGUUCGACGUUUGACCUGAGCUUAAGUCACGUGACCACGUAGCCUCUUUUUUUAUACAUAGUCCAUACUUAUGUAGUUCCUGACUCGGCAUCACAUGUGAGGCAGAAUUCUUUACGUCUCUCCCUUCGGAUAUCUAGGAUUUUUUCUCAGGAUUCUCCAGCGCAGUUCCUUCGUCCGCGAAAUUCCAAUUUGCGACCGUAAUUUCGCAAAAGAUAUAGGCGAUUUUUCGAGCAAAGUUCAAAAUUUCAUGUUGCUAUGCUUUACUUUCUCACAAUGUUCACUCGGAUUCGUUAGAGACGAGCUAAUUGUUAGGGGUCUGAAUAUGCAAAUGUUCACUCGCUUACUCACUCACUCACUCACUCACUCACUCACUCACUCACUCACUCACUCACUCACUAAGAUGUUAGCAGAUCGAUAAUUAAACGCUUAUCAAUCGUCUUACGUCAUCUGUUUACAACGUUACGCGAAACUUUCGCACUUUAUAUUUAGAUCUUAUUAACCGAGCGGGAGGUCUGUACGGGAUAAUCUUGACCGAGGUCAAGAUUAUCCCGUACAAAC